UUUGCAGAACCCCCCCCCCCCACGGUGUCGCUCCGCGCCCGCCUCGCCGCCCUCGCCCUCGCCCUCUCCCCGUGGCGGCCUCCUACCUCAGCCGGCGCGCGCACGACCCCGGCGCGCCGGUGGUGCUGACCCCGCCGGCGAGAGAUCGCGCCGCCGGCGAGAAAGAGAAAUGAAAUACAACAGAGAGAUCGCGCCGCCGGCGAGAGAGAGAGAGAGAGCCAUGAGGAGCGGCGGCGACGUCAAGUCCUUCUUCCGGCAGCAGAAGGCCCACUCCGGCGCAGCGGCCGCCAAGCCCACCAGCGGCGUCUCCAAGAAGCAAGCGCACCACCACCACCAGAAGCAAGCGGCGGCGCGCCCGACGCCAGAUCACGGCGAUGGCGCCGACGCGAGGAGGGAGGAGGCGGAGAACGUGGAGAGGAAGGCCAGGGAGUUCGACAUGGACAUGCGCUAUGGGCCCUGCCUCACCCGCGCCCAGCGCUGGCAGCGCGCCGCCGCGCUGGGCCUCGCCCCGCCGCCGCACGCGCUCUGCUCCGACGACCAGCCGUGCCUCUGGGAGGGCCGCGUCUAGACUAGGGCAUCG